GACAACCCUGACAGUAAACAUUUGACAACGUUGCUUGGUUUUUUCACAUAUUCUUUUUAUUUAUUUGCCGCUAUGGUCCAAAACUACUAAAAUUUUUGAUAUACAAAGCUAUUAGCAUAACCAAAAUACGAGAACCCAGUAACGCCAAAGACCAUUGCCCUAAAUGAGUGGGGGCAAAGUACCAGGAAAAAGCGUUGCCGGCGGUGACAACAAUAAUACAAAUACGGCUAAAAUCAAAGAGGAGACCAAACUGGAUGACUUGGUGGAAUAUGUUACGCUUUAUAAGCGUAUACCCACACUUUUAAGUGGUGUUAUAUUGCCAUUUGUGCCGCUAUAUGGCAUAGCCUUCUAUCUAUGGAUCUAUGUGUAUGGAGCAGGAGCAGCAGCCGCCGGGGCAACAACUGCAGCCCUCAUUGGCGAAAAGCAAGAAAAUCAAACAGUGGCGGAGGACUUCACAUGGAAUGACGUGGGCUUUAUAGCCGUUGUGGCCAUUGCCUUUUUACAUAUAUUGACGUUGCUCUUUUGCUAUUGGAAUGUUCAUGUUUUGGCCUUUCUCACCUGCCGACGGUGUCUAAAACCUGGCUUAGAUGUGCUGGCCAAGGUGGUGCCCACAGCCAAUAAUGGCAAUUCAAAGAUUGUGCCCAUGCAGUAUGAGAAGAAUCUGAAGCAAUUCUACAUGAUCUUCCAGAAGACCAAAUAUGUUUGGCAUGAGGAAAAGCAAACAUUUCAGGCUAUCGAAUUCCCAGUGAAUGAGGAGCUAAGUAAAUAUGUAAAUUCCCGUGGGCUGGAAACGGAAGACGCACUCAAGCAUGCCCGUGUCACUUAUGGUAAUAACGAAAUGCAGAUGGUUGUGCCCGAGUUCCAUGAACUUUUUGUGGAACGUGCGACGGCUCCGUUUUUCGUUUUCCAAGUGUUUAGCGUGGGAUUAUGGUGUAUGGAUGACUAUUGGUACUACUCCCUGUUCACCCUCUUCAUGCUGAUAGCCUUUGAGUGCACCAUUGUGAAGCAACAGUUAAGGAAUAUGUCGGAGAUCCGUAAAAUGGGCAAUAAGCCGUAUUUGAUAUAUGUUCUGAGACAGAAUAAAUGGCGACACAUUGAAUCCAAUGAGCUUGUGCCGGGUGAUAUAGUGUCCAUUACCCGUUCCCAAAAUGAUAACCUAGUACCUUGCGAUGUAGUGAUCUUAAGAGGUUCCUGCAUCGUAGAUGAAUCUAUGUUGACAGGGGAAUCGGUGCCACAAAUGAAAGAAUCUUUGGAGUCCCUGGACCAAUUAAACACCAGGCUGGACGUGGAGGGUGAGGGUAAACUCUUUGUACUCUUUGGUGGCACCAAAGUAGUUCAGCAUACAGCCCCCACAAAGGAAUCCAUGCGAGCUCCGGACGGUGGUUGCAUUGGGUACGUAGUACGCACUGGCUUCAACACUUCGCAGGGCAAACUUCUGAGGACUAUUUUGUUUGGCGCCAAUCGGGCCACAGAGAAUAAUGUGGAAACGUUUGCUUUUAUUGCUUUCCUGAUGGUCUUCGCUGUGGCCGCAGCUUCAUAUGUUUGGGUCAAGGGCAGCGAGGAUCCGGAACGUAAUCGCUAUAAAUUAUUCUUGGAAUGUGCAUUAAUAUUGACUGCCAUCAUUCCACCGGAUCUACCCAUUGAGUUGACUUUGGCUGUGAACACUUCGCUUAUUCAAUUGACCAAAUUAUUUGUGUUUUGUACGGAACCUUUUCGUAUUCCGUUUGCUGGCAAAGUGCAAAUCUGUUGCUUCGAUAAGACGGGCACUCUGACCACAGAUAAUCUCAUGGUCGAGGGCAUUGCCGGCCUAACGUCAAACAGUACAUGCCAACCCAUUGAGGACGCUCCGCCGCAGUCUAUUCAGGUGUUGGCCUGCUGCCAUUCUUUGGCCCUACUCGACGAUGGUCUUGUGGGGGAUCCCCUAGAGAAGGCCACACUGGCUGCUGUUGAUUGGCAUCUGACUAAAACCGAUAGUGUUAUUCCGAAGCGGGCACAAAUGAAACCCUUGAAAAUUGUUCAACGUUAUCAUUUCUCAUCGGCUCUGAAACGUAUGUCGGUUUUGGCUAGCUAUUUGAUUCCGUAUUCCAAUGAUAUCAAUUAUAUUGGAGCGGUGAAAGGUGCUCCGGAAGUUAUACAAAAGAUGUUGACAACUGUCCCAGAGGACUAUGAGAAGGUUUAUUUGGAAUAUGCUCGUCGUGGUGCUCGUGUUCUGGCCUUGGGCAUCAAAGAGUUCGGUUCCUUGGGGGUCCAGAGAAUACGUGAACUGAAGCGUGAUGAAGUAGAAUGCGACUUGACCUUUGCCGGUUUCGUAAUCAUUUCGUGUCCCAUGAAACCGGAUUCAAAAUCGGUGAUCAAAGAACUCAUACAAUCCUCCCACAAGGUGGUUAUGAUCACUGGCGACAAUCCACUCACGGCAUGUCAUGUAGCCAAAGAGUUGCGUUUUACACGUAAAAAGUUGCUCAUUCUGACUCCACCCUCCACCGAGGAACAGCCGUGGUCCUGGGUGUCUAUCGAUGGCGAUCAGAAGCAUCCAUUGGAUACCUCCGGACGCGACAAAAGCAUAUCUCUACUGCUAGCCACUCAUGAUUUGUGCAUCACUGGCGAUGGUCUUCUGCAAUUGAAAUUGAAUCACCCUCAAUAUAUGCUUAAGAUUCUACCCCAUAUCACGGUCUGUGCCCGUUUUGCUCCCAAGCAGAAGGAGUAUGUGAUAACCACUCUAAAGCAAUUGGGCUACUGCACCCUCAUGUGCGGCGAUGGUACCAAUGAUGUGGGAGCACUUAAGCAUGCCAAUGUGGGUGUAUCAUUGCUCACAAGUGCUCCGGUUAAACGCAAGCGAACUGACGAGGAGUUGCAACAGAUUAAUGCAGCUGCCAAUGCUGCGGCAGCGGCUGCCCAGGCCCAAGCCAAUCAGCAAUUGUCACCGCGUGAACGAGCCCUCAGACGUCGUCAGGAGCAUAUCAAUCAGACACAGGCGCGUCUGCAGAGCGCAUUGCGUGAUAUGGAAGAGCAGACAAUGGUUAAAUUGGGCGAUGCUUCUAUUGCAGCUCCAUUUACCAGCAAAUCGUCAUCGAUUAUGUGCGUGAAUCAUAUCAUCAAGCAGGGGCGCUGUACUCUAGUCACCACAUUGCAAAUGUUCAAAAUCCUGGCACUGAAUGCUCUAAUACAAGCCUAUUGUCAAUCUGUGCUCUAUAUUGAUGGUGUCAAAUUUAGCGAUACUCAAGCCACCAUGCAGGGCAUCUUUAUAGCUGCCUGUUUUCUAUUCAUCACCAGAUCAAAGCCAUUGAAAACGUUGUCGAAAGUUGCACCACUGCCAAAUAUAUUCAAUUUUUAUACCAUCUCUACUAUACUAACGCAAUUCGCCAUACACUUUGGCACAUUGUAUUACUUGACCAGUGAAGCCAGCAAACUGGCUCCACCCAGAGUGGGAAAGGUUAAAUUAUAUAUUGAUAUGGAUGCCGAAGAAAAAACCAAAUAUGAUCCAAAUAUUGUUAGCAGUACGGUUUAUAUUAUUUGCAUAUCACUGCAAGUGGCCACCAUUGCAGUUAACUAUAAGGGUCAUCCUUUCAUGGAGAGUUUGCGUUCUAACCGCAUGCUUAUGUACGCCAUUGGAGCUUCAAUUGCUUUGGUCUUACUCCUGACCACUGGCCUGGCUCCAGAACUUACGGAAUUCUUUGAGAUCAUCGAUUUUCCCACAGAUUUCCGUAAAACUUUGCUCACUGUGUUGAUAUUGGAUAUAUUGGGGGCAUUUGCCCUGGAUCGCAUUUGCUCAUUCCUAUUUGGAGAGACUCGUCGUAAAUCUAAAGUGCUUAAUUGUUAGCAUCGUUUAGUAAUUUAUAUAGAUCAACCAACUAUACCUUACGUUCCAAGUCUAUAUUCAAUUGUAUUUUUGUUUACCAUACAAAAGAAAACAUUUUAUUUUUUCCUUUUUUGUUGGCGUUGGCUUUUUGUUCUUCAAAAAGAGAAAUGUGAAACAA